ACAUAACAUGUAUAUAUGGACAACAUAAAAUUUGUGGACAAACAACUCAGCGGCAUUUACAAGAUGAAUCCAGACGAGUACAGUGCAAAAAUUCAGCAGUACAAGCGACAAAUGCAAGACAAGCUGAUGGAAAAGGUGGCGAUCGUAUCAGAGAAGGGUUCCGAAGUUCUAAGAGGAUUGUUCAACACCGAUCCGUUACCUACCAAAGUAAUCGAAGUCAAACCGGACUUGUAUAGUAAUAGGCAUAUUUAUUAUCGUGAGGACAGCAUUAUAUUGUAUGAACCUAACGCGAGUUCCAACAAAAAGGAGCCGCACAAGUAUGAAAUUGUGCUGCAUCGGCCGACCACGGAAUCGCUACGGUUAUCCUUUAGUGUAUUCCGGUCUGAGAGCAGCGAAGAGGCGGAAAUUAAAUUUCUUUGCUUCAAGGAUAAGUUGCCAGUAUUUAUAGAGAUUGCCAAAGAUUAUUGUAACUUGAAUGGAAUUCAAAGAGUAUGUGAUACGUUAACCGAAAACCCUACAUGGACCUUAGCCCACUUGGCCGCCUACUUUUCCCUGCACGACUGCUUCAGUAAUUCGCAAGUAAAUAGUUUUUUAAAUAGCUCCGACGAAACGACCGGCAUAUCACCUUUGCAAGUGGCCAUCAAGACCAACAACUUGAAGACUGUUCAAGUUCUGAUUGCCGCCAAAUGUUCGUUGGAACAUCUGGAUUAUAAUGGCAAUUCGGUAUUUCACUAUGCCGCAAGUACGACCAAGGAAAUCAUAUCGGCGCUAUCGCAAGGCUCUUCGCCUCCACGUUGCCUGAACUCGCGCAACGGUAACGGUCACACUCCACUCCACAUGGCUUGUCUAUCCGAUAAAACCGAGUGCGUGCGAGCCCUGUUACUGGCGGGGGCCGACGUAAAUAUCACAGCGGCUGUGGGUUCUCCAGAUCAAGAUAAAUCGGCGCCCGGCUAUGUGGGCGACUUUCUCCAAGAUAAUCCCAAAAGUUUGUAUCAGCAAGAUAUGAAGUUCGGCGGGACGCCUUUGCAUUGGUCGUGUUCGCGGCCCGUCAUAGAGACCUUGGUCGAUAUGAACUGCAACAUCAACGCGGUUAACUUCGAACAACGCACGGCGUUGCACGUUAUGGUUUUGAGGAACCGAUUGGAAUGUGUCGUUGCGUUAUUGUGCAGAAAGGCAGAUCCCGAUUUGAGAGAUUGCGAGGGAAAUACGCCUCUCCAUCUUGCGGUUAAAGAGGGCAACAUUCCUAUGAUUCAGUGUUUUGCUGUUUUUGGAGCCAACUUAGAUAGUUUAAAUAACCUCGGUCAAUCACCGCGGCAUUUAGUAACCAAGGAGAAGGAGGCAAAGCUGUUGUAUUACCUUCAUGCCGUCGGCGCUAAGCGAUGCCGCCCUGGCACAGAUCAGUGUACAGACGGUUGUAUUCACGACGGAACUUAUGACGGCAUACCUCCGAAUCCAGUAAUGGGUCCAACUAAUCGUGAUACAUUGAACCAAAUGCUCGCUGUUGCCGGUAUGGACGCUUGUACUGAAACCAGGUCAACCGAAAAGAAAAGAGGUCGACUGCUUUGUUUAGAUGGUGGCGGAAUUCGCGGAUUAAUCCUCAUACAGCUUCUCCUCGAAUUGGAAAAUGUCACGGGCAUACCCAUCCACAACUGUUUCGACUGGAUAGCCGGAACGAGCACGGGCGGAAUUCUCGCUUUGGGAAUCGCCUCCGGAAAAUCCAUGAAGGAAUGUCUUUAUCUAUACUUUCGCAUGAAGGAGUUAACCUUCGCCGGAAGCCGACCGUAUCCGAGCGAAGCGUUGGAGAGCAUCCUGAAGGACACUUUCGGAGCGAAUACUGUGAUGGCCGAUAUUAAUAAUCCUAAACUAUUGAUCACCGGUUGUCUCGCAGAUCGAAAGCCAAUCGAGUUGCAUCUGUUUAGAAACUACGAGAGUCCCAAUGACAUUUUAAAUGUUCAGCAUACGUCGCCGUUUGAGCCUCCCCCGGCUCCAGAGGAGCAAUUGGUGUGGAACGUAGGGCGCGCUACUGGAGCGGCUCCUACAUAUUUUAGGGCAUUUGGAAGAUUUUUAGACGGUGGCCUGAUUGCAAACAAUCCCACCUUAGACGCUUUAACUGAAAUUCACGAGUAUAACACGGCUCUCAGAGCAGUUGGAAGAGAGAGUGAAGCUAGUCCGUUAAGCAUAGUCGUUAGUUUAGGUACCGGUCUUAUUCCAGUAACUCCGGUGCACGGUUUGGACGUGUUCCGACCCGAAAGUCUUUGGGAUACCACCAGACUCGUUAUGGGUAUAUCCUCGUUCGGAAUUCUUUUAGUUGAUCAGGCUACUGCGAGUGACGGCCGGGUUGUCGAUAGAGCCAGGGCGUGGUGCUCGACAAUUGGGGUUCCUUACUUUAGAUUUUCGCCCCAAAUGUCCGAAGAAAUAUCGAUGGAUGAGAAGUCUGAUGAAACUCUAUGCAGAAUGCUAUGGGAGGCUAAAGCUUACAUGCAUGCCAACAUUAACACAUUAAAAGAAAUAUCCGAUUUGCUUGGAGCCGUCUAGUCUGUGUCAUUAAAACAUGGUGUAACAGUAUAAAA